CAUUGCAGUCUUGUCCCUACUGUCCCAACCGCUCACGAUCUCUGGGCAGCUCACCAGAGACAGGAACAACGCAAAUCCCUGAGAUCUUCAGAGCCUGACCAGCACGAUACAAUCGCCCAACAUGUCCGGGGUCCGGAAGUUGUCGUUGAGCAAGCCUGAGGGCGUCGAGGGCAAGGCUUGGCCUGCCAUUGUCAUCGGCUUCUUCGUGGCAUUUGGAGGUGUACUCUUUGGCUAUGAUACUGGCACGAUCUCCGGUAUCCUGGCCAUGCCGUACUGGAUGACUCUGUUCUCCACUGGCUACGUCAAUCCCGCUGGGCAGCUUGAUGUCUCGCCGUCCCAGACGUCCGCGGUCGUUUCGAUUCUCUCUGCGGGAACAUUCUUUGGUGCCCUCGGCUCCGGUUUCGUAGCCGAUGCCAUUGGCCGUAAAAAGGCUCUCAUGUCUUCCACCAUUGUCUUCACCUUCGGUGUCAUUCUUCAGACUGCGGCCACAGCUCUACCCCUGUUCCUUGCUGGACGCUUCUUCGCAGGUGCCGGAGUUGGUCUCCUGUCAGCCCAGAUCCCCCUGUACCAAAGUGAGACUGCCCCGAAGUGGAUCCGCGGUGCCAUCGUGGGAGCAUAUCAGCUUGCCAUCACUAUCGGCCUGCUUCUUGCGGCUAUUGUUGAUUGGGCCACAAAGGACCGCAACGACACGGGCUCAUACCGCAUCCCCAUUGCGGUCCAGUUCGCCUGGGCCAUCAUCCUCUUCACUGGCAUGAUAUUCCUCCCCGAAACACCCCGCUACCUCAUCAAGAGGAAUCGCCCGGAAAAGGCUGCUCAAGCGCUGUCCAAGCUCCGUCGCCUUUCAGCUGACCACCCAUCUAUUCGGGCCGAGCUUGCUGAGGUCCAGGCCAACCACGACUAUGAGAUGAGCUUGGGCAAGGCGAGCGUUCUUGAUUGCUUCCGUCCACCGAUCCUUAAAAGACAGUUGACCGGUAUGGGAUUGCAGGCAUUGCAGCAACUGACUGGUAUCAAUUUCAUCUUCUACUACGGAACUCAAUACUUCAAGAACUCGGGCAUCCAGGACGCGUUCACCAUUCAGAUGAUUACCUCCUGCAUCAAUGUCGUGUCUACGCUCCCUGGUCUAUAUGCCGUCGAGAAGCUUGGCCGUCGGCCCUUGCUCUUCUGGGGUGCCAUCGGCAUGUGCAUCAGUCAGUUCCUGGUCGGCAUGCUCGGCACGUUGACGACUGGCCAAGACGCUGCGGGUAACAUCAUCGUCUACAAUGUGGCCGCUCAGAAGGCCGGCAUCGCCUUUGUCUGCAUCUACAUCUUCUUCUUCGCUUCGACCUGGGGUCCUCUUGCCUGGGUCGUCACUGGCGAGAUCUUCCCCCUCAAGACUCGUGCUACCUCGCUUGGUAUCACCACUGCCACCAACUGGCUGCUCAACUGGGCUAUCGCUUACGCUACGCCUUACCUGGUCAACUACGGUCCUGGUGUGUACGCGAACUUGCAGUCCAAGAUCUUCUUCAUCUGGUUCGCCUGCUGCUUCCUCUGCAUUUCAUUCGUCUACUUCUUCAUCUACGAGACCAAGGGCCUGUCCCUCGAGCAGGUCGACGAACUGUACGCCGAGGUUUCCCAGGCCCGCAAGUCCAAGCACUGGAGACCCACGAAGACAUUCGUCCAGCGGCAGAGCGUAUCCGGCCCAGGUGUUCUUGGUAACAAGGAUGGCGGUUCUCCUGUCGGGGAGAAGGACGAGGAUGUCAGCCACCACGACGACGUUGGCCGUGCCGAGGCUGGUGGCUUGCACAGCAACAGGGAGGUCAACUAGAUGGUGAAUGGUCCAUGACUAGUUACUUUCUUGUGAGAGGGUGCAGGUCGUCUCAUUUAAGUCGGACGUGUCGAAGCCAAAGCAUCGGGCCGUAGUCGGAGAGCUUGUCGACGUCGUACGACGGAUUCUCCAGCAGUCUGAGCUCGGUACAAGGAUAAUCCGUUGUGUAAAUGGUGAUAACCACCUUGCCUCGUUGGCCACCAUGGUCUCGAGAGACAAAGGAACAUCUGGUCGCUGCUUCUUACAUAGUUGGCUCCUCUUCCUUCAAGAGGUCUUGAUAAAAAUCAUCGCCUCACUAAUAAUGACCAUAAUUGUUGCCUAUCA